AUGCCCGAUAUGUACCUAAUUAGUCACCGAUAUAUAGAUGUUAUUAGUCGUGAUAUAGAAGAAAGAUUACAAUUAAUAUUGACUUUAGCAGAUCCAAAUAUUAUAUUUGAUUUGCAGACAAAUAAUGGAUUCAAAGGGAUGAAGUUUAAUGAAUUCUGGAAUGAAACAGAUACUUAUUUCAAUGAGCAGGAAAAGAAAUUUAAAUGCAAUUAUUCAGCAAAUGUGAAAGCUAUUACUGAAUUAUUUGAGUCUAUUCAUACUUUAGAUCUAACUUUAACAGUUGACGAAACUACACAAGUACAAAUACGUCAUCACACUGCUUUAAUUGAAUUUAAAGAUACUCACUGCUGUAUUCAUGCAUAUAGCUUUCAGGUAAAAAAAUGCAACAAUAUUACCUAUUCAUAUUGUAAACCAAUUUGCCUUUCACCACACGAAUUUAAUAAUUUGAACUUUCUUUCAGAUCCUAUUCCUUCACGAGACAAUACAAAUCACUACAUGCCUUUUAAAUGUGUUUAUGGAACUGAAACUACUGAAGAGUAUAGACCAACAUAUAUGCAAACACAAGCGAAUGCAGAACCCAUUUCAAAGUCUAUCCUAAUUGGAGGUAAAAUUCGUGAUUACAUUAAUUGUGAGGAUUGUAGAAAACGCCGUUAUGUUUAUAGUGAUAAAUCCUUGAAUAAUGAGGAACAAGAAGAUUAUCAACAAGCACUAGAGUUAUAUUCAUACUCUUGUGGUGCACCAAUUUUUCCUGAUGAUCAUUAUUAA